AUGCGCCCGUCCCUAUUCCGCUUCGCAUCACACCAGCUCCUGCAUACCACUCCCAGAGCACCCCCCGCACGACACCCAAUUUACAGCGCGGUCCAGAGACGCAGGAUGAGCAGCACCAGAGACGUUUCGCACAACACCGACAUCAGCAAGAUGAAGCACGAGGAGAACGGCUCGUUCAAGCGUAAGCCGUCGUCGUUCAGAAGUUUCAUCGAAAUGGGGGGGCAAUUCGCGCCCGAGAAGGGCCGCUACCACCUAUAUGUCUCCUACGCGUGCCCUUGGGCGACCAGGACGUUGAUCACCCGCAAGCUGAAGGGUCUGGAAGAUUUCAUCGGUGUCUCCGUCGUGUCCCCGCACAUGGGCGCCGACGGUUGGCCGUUCGCCAAGGCAGAUGCGUUCCCUGGAGCGGAUGACGAUCCGCUGUACGCCUCUGAUCACGUCAAGGACCUCUACCUGCGGGUGCAGCCGAACUAUGAGGGCAGAUUCACAGUUCCCGUACUCUGGGACAAGAAGACGGAGACGAUCGUAAACAACGAGAGUUCGGAGAUCAUCCGCAUGUUCAACAGUGCAUUCAACGAGCUGCUCCCGAAGAACAAAGCCGCAAUCGAUAUCUACCCCGAGCCGCUGCGCAAGGAGAUCGACUCGGUGAACGAGUGGGUGUACGACACCGUCAACAAUGGAGUCUACAAAUCGGGGUUCGCGAGCACUCAGGCGGCGUAUGAGGGUGCUGUCGUCCCGCUCUUCGCGUCUCUCGACAGGCUUGAGAAGAUGCUCAAGGGCAAGGACUACCUGAUUGGGGACCAGCUCACCGAGGCGGACAUCCGUCUUUUCGUCACAAUAGUGCGCUUCGACCCAGUGUACGUCGGGCACUUCAAGUGCAACCUACGGACGAUCCGAGAUGGGUACCCCGCCAUCCACCUCUGGCUACGCAAGCUGUACUGGAAGAACUCCGCGUUCUCGUCCACUUGCAACUUCGAUCACAUCAAGACGCACUACUACUGGUCGCACACCUUCAUUAACCCCCACAAGGUCGUUCCUGUCGGGCCCAUCCCCAACAUCCUGGCUCUCUGA